AUGCCGCUCUACUUCACGCCUCGUGACCCCAAGUACCUCAUUUACAUGGGCAAGGACAAGUACGAGAAUGAAGAAUUGAUUCGAUACGGCCUCCCCGAGGACAUCUGGUUCCACGUUGACAACCUCUCGUCUGCCCACGUCUACUUGCGGCUCCCGCGAGGCGAGUCGUGGGAGGAGAUCCCCGAGGGCGUCCUCGAAGACUGCGUGCAGCUCGUCAAGGCCAACUCCAUCCAGGGCUGCAAGCUGCCCAACGUGCCGGUCAUCUACACGCCCCACUCCAACCUCAAGAAGACGCAGGGCAUGGACGUCGGCCAGGUCGGCUUCAAGAACGACAAGCUGGUCAAGACCGUCAAGGUGGCCAAGCUCAACGCCAUUCUGAACCGUCUCAACAAGACCAAGGAGGAGAAGCAGGUCAACCUCCAGGCGAUCUACGAUGACAGGAUGAGGGAGAUGAGGAACGAGAGCACGGCGGCCAAGAAGCAGAAGGCCAAGGAGGAGCGGGAGAAUCGCGAGAAGACGAAGAGGGACGAGGAGGUCCGAACCUAUUCCGAUCUCCACAGGCACACCGACCUCGCCACCUCCAACGCCGAAGUCAGCGAAGACUACGAAGACGAAUUCAUGGCCUGGCGGGUGGCGGCGCCGUUGGCCUUCUUGCAGAGGAGGCUGAAGGUGAGCCGCUCGUUGCCCGAGAUCCAGCCGGUGCGCGACCGAGUCCCCUUGCUCCCCUUCCAGUAG